CAUAUAUAACUCGGCUUCUCACAGCUCGGGGACAUUUUUCCUUCCCUGACAACAUCCCUAAUCUACUACUACUCUUCAUCAUCUUCCUCUAUCAUCUCAUAAUCAAGCUUAGUGUCUUAUAGACAGAAUGYAUAGGAACUGUUGCUCCUGACAUCUCCCAGAAUCUAAGGCUUCCUUACCAUGCAUGACACUGCUUCGUCUACUCGUGUAGUACGUGCUUGACGAUAUAGCGACUGUGAAGUCUUUUGAACCGGUCUUUUGAUCAUCCGAAAUCUGCUGUUUUCUCGGCUGACGUUCCUGUCAUUUUUGCUGCCGGCGAUAAAGAUUCGUUUUUGAGUCAAACUGUUCGCCAUCUGAUAAUAUUGUACACAAGUUAUUUGCCAGGCGAUAAUUCAGUCCAAUGAGCCGUCCUUAUUAUUUUUUCAUUGGUUGACGUAAUAUGCGCUGUUUAAAGGGCAGUGAAAAUUCUUUAUAGAUAAAAGAAUCAUUAAUUUAGCACGUCUCAGUUGGGCUGACAAGAAGUCUCGUUCUUUUAGGCAGCGAAGGUAAAAGUAGUGAACAGUUUUAUGCGAAACAGUGAUACCGGACGGAAUAGCUAAAUUCAUAUAUUUUACAUCAUAAGACUAGCACUUCUCAAGCAAAAAAUGAAAUUUAGCACGUAACAUUAAGGAAUAUGCAUAGUUUACACUUGAAACUCUCAAGAUGAAGUUGAUUUUUGUGUAUUUUUUGAUAUGACAGGUUUACGAUCUGACACGUUCAAAACCGACGUCGCUCGACAGCUUAUAAACUAAAUCUCGAGCCGCUAGUCUUUCUCAUUUUACAUUCAUUGCAGCACGUCUCUCUUUGCAAAUGUACUCAAGGCCAAGUCUCUUCUGCUAAUCUUUGAAAGAUUCUCACAGACAAAAAUACUUUAAACUCAAGAAAGAACUAACGAAAAAGUUGCUGCUUGGUUGUUACUACGAAGCAAAAACUAUCAAAAAAAAAAAAAAAAAAAACAACCCGUUCUCUUCUUGGAAGAAUUCAAAAUGAAGGUGCAAGGCGUUUUCGAAACAAAAUGUGUCUUGCUGUGCACAUUGUCUUUACUCGGCAGUACGAACUUUGCUGACUCCAAAGGUCUUAAAACGCGACCCAAAAAUAUAAAGCCACACAAUAUGCAUGGUUACAACGUGGGAGAAGUGUUGUCCUACCAUUCAGUCGUCAGCCUUCUACAGUGUGAGGAUUUGUGUCUCCGACGACAACCACAGUGUCUUGGUUUUAACUAUCACUUCUGUGAAGAGGAACGACUUUGCCAACUGCUUGGAAGUAUUGGCGAAACACAAAAGAAUGAUUGUGUGACGUAUGUAAAGUUUCAUUAUGGAAAAGUACAGAAAAGAUUACUUCAAGGAUGUYCUUGUUCAGAACGAACCAGACGUAUUAUCCCGCCAAACCAUGAAAAAUGACAUUUGAGCCUGUGAUAUUCGUGUCUGAAAAGAGCAAACCAGAGGAAACAAGAAUUAAUGGUUUUUAUCUAUUCAACCGAUGACAGCAAUAUUUAUCUAGUUGAUAUACGUUAGCUAGUGCGAAUUCGACCAAGACAAAAGAUUGAAUAUUGAACGAGUGCAAGACUGUAGGAGAUGGAAUAUACCUCAUCGGAGCGAGGAGUCGCUUAUGAUCAAACAAAAAUUGUCUGAAUGUAUUUAUCAAUAUUCCCAAUAUCCAUUAAUAGGUUAUAAGAAUGUUGCUUUAGAAAACGUUUUUUCAUAGUUGCGCCGGCUCAAGUAAUUUUCGGCAAGGAAAAGGCUGCACUUUGAUAUCAUCUCACUCCUCAGUGAGUCCGGUGACCACAGAGAAGUAAGUUAUUUGUCAAACUUCGAUUCCAUUCUAUGAUAGUCUUUUUUCGCUAUGCAAAGUUUGAGCAGGAAGGAAAAACUUGGGAAACUCAUUUGCCCGCGGACGAUCCCGUCCUCGAUCCCCGCCAAAGUCUGUUUCUAGAAUGGCCAGAUUAAUAACUUUACCCGCGCGAUUUGGGGUGACGCACAAAGGGUAAAUGAUUAUUACUUUAGAUUAGAAAUAUUAAUAGUGAAGAGGUUCUGGAGCGCAUGCAGGAGUAUAAAAUAGCGGACGCAACUUUGCGCAUUUGUUUAGUAAGAUGUCAGAAGAAUAAGUGAAUUCUUGUAAAGGUUUUGAAUUUGUAAAAUAAACCAAUUGAUAUUUGUGAAAUAAUAAUUUUUUGGGUUUCUCGAAAGAAUGCAAAAUUUUUAUUGUGCUCUCGAGCGUACUCUCAAGCAGUGUUCGCACGCGCCGGGAUGAUGCUUGCAGAACAGCAAAAUCAAUUUGCAACGGAGAUUGGAGACGUACGAUAAGUGACGAUAAAGGAAGGAAUAGACGGAUAGAAAUGCUUUAUCAAAUAAGAGAAAAAGUUGAAAAUAAAUAGAUUUUAAUAUUUGA